AUGGCCGACACCGCAACUGCCCCUGCUGCUGACUCUGGCUCCAAGAGACCAGAAAAGCCCGAUGAAGCAAAGUUCAAGUCAGACCUUGAGCAGGCUGAGAAGGUUCACAAGAAGAACCAGGAAGAAUUUAAUGCCAUUCGCAACAAGUUGAACGAGGCCCGACCUGGCAAAGGUGGCUCUGCCAACGAUCGAUGGCAGCAACUUGUCGAUGAGCAAAAGGGUAUUCGUUCCAAGCAGGGCGAACACAAAUCUUCUCGUCAAACCCAGCAGACCAAAUACGAUGCCAACGAUCGGGAAAUUAAAAACCUCAUCACUCAGCAGAAGGAUGCUCGCUCCCGUGUCGGUUUCAAGAACGCUCAGGAAAUCGAACAGAAGAUUGCUUCUCUGAUGAAGCAAGUUGACUCUGGUCAGAUGAAACUUGUCGACGAGAAGAAGACGUUGACCGAGGUCUCCAACUUGCGACGACAAAUGAAGAGUUUCGGUGGCCUCGACGACCUCCAGACUAAGAUUGACGCAAAGAAAAACGAGAAUGCUGAGUUAAAGAAGACCUUUGACAACGCUGAGACAAAGGCCUUGAGCGACAAGUACGAGGCCAACCAGAAAGAAUUGGAUGAGAUCAAAGCUGGUCGAGACGACGUCAACAAGAAUUUUGACAAGCUGAAGGCUGAGCGAGAGGCUCUCUACGAAAAGCAGAACGUUUCCUGGAGGGCUAUCCAAGACCUAAAGGACAAGUACUACGCCCAGCGCAAAGAGUACAAGGAGUACGAGGAUAAGCAAUACCAACAACGACGAGAUCGUCAACGGCAGGAGCGUGAUCAGUACGAGAAGGAGCGCCGAAAGAGGGCUGCUGAAGCUCGUCUUGAGGAAGCUAGCUCUCUCGCCUAUAGUGAUGAGAUUCUCACCGCAGAGGGUAUCAUUCGUCACUUCGAUCCUUCCUACACCUCUACCGAAAGCGAGAAGGGUCCUAGCAAGUUUGCGGCCUCUGCUCAAAGAGCUGUCGAUGAGAGUGGGUUCAAGGGCAUGUCCGUCAUGAAGAAGGAAGAGGAGGACUUCUUCACUGGUGCUGGUGGUAAGAAGAAGGGCAAGAAGGGUAACAAAGCUGCCAACGAAAACAAGUUCAACUUGUCCAUCGACAUCAUCCAAGGUCUCUCCAAGCUCGGCGUUGAUCAGCCCAGCAACCAGAGCGAAGUUCCAGCUACGGUAGAAAAGCUCAAGGAAAAGGUCGCCUACUGGAAGGCGAACCAGAAGACGGAAACGGAAAAGAACGUCGAAAAAGCUAAGCAAGAAAUCGAAAGACUCGAGCAAGAAGCUGAAGCCGCAUCGUCCGCCGCCUCCACUGCUCCUCCAGCAAAACGUGGCCCUCGACAAGACCGUAGCAAGAAAGCCAACAUGAAAGACGCUGGCGUUGACGAUUCAGGCCGCGAAGUCAACGUCGACGCAGACGCCGUUGCCAAAGACGAGAAAGACGCCACUGCCGAUGUGGCUGAAGAGCUCAAGGCAACUAAGAUCGAAGAUGCUGACAACGAGGAAGUAGCGACCGCAUAG